CGACAAGUACAACUCACAACGCGCUCGCUGCUGCUCUUUUGCACCCAAGCCUCUACUCGUUUUGUGCCCAUGAGGUCAGACGGAGUGCUCAAACACCAGAGUAUAUUUAUUGUACCAAGUACAGUAUACUUUGUACAAUAAAUACCUGCUGGCCACCACUCCGUGCCAUGAACAAACCCCUCUCCAUUCUCGUGCCACCCGUUUGCUGCCACCAGAUGCGACCAAGGAAGAAGGGGAAAAAAAAGAGAAGAGACUGUGGUCAUGGUCGUUCCCGCGCCUGUGUUCAACGACAAUGACACAAACACGCCGGUGCCCGCCCCAGCCAAAGUGGUGGCACAAGCAACCGCUCAACAAGACACAAGAUGUGAACACAAGGAGCCUGGCGUCGAGAAGAGGUCGCCGUGAAAUUUGGACGGAUGGCAAGUCUCCAACGGAGUUGCCUGUCUGUGUGCGACGUUCAAGCCCGUGUGGCACCUCGUCUGUUGAUAUCCUCACGUCCUAGGGCUCAUGAGCCAGCCAUAUCGUCUCAUUUUAUUGACCGUCUCCCAUGCAAGGCCAUCAACUAAAGUACUCGUUAAUGAGAACACGGGAAACGCGCAGAGAUUGCAAGUGUCAGUUGAGCAGGUCGCUUACCGCAACGAUGCGACGCCCAUCAAUAUGUUUAGUUAUGGUCAUGCCUCCUUGUUCCGUAUUCCGCUUCUCUCUCUGCUUUGGCGCGCGCUCAUGAACACGAAUAAGAACCCGUCUGCGAGUAAAUAACACUCGCUUCUUAUCGUCCUUCGUCUCAUCUCAUCCCAUCUCCCCAAUCAACCAGGCGACGGCCGCGCACACACGCCCGCCAGCCCCUCUCGCCCUGUUCAGCCCCCCCCCCCCCCCCAAACAUCAGACCAUGAUUCACAGCUGCGUGAAAAACUCUGUCAGCUGUCCGCACGGUUCAGUCAUAGCCUGGCCCGGUUCUCCCGCCUGCUUCCCUAAACUCUGCCUGUUCCUCUCCUCUCCCUCUUCUCGCGAUCUUUACCCAAACACCACCACACUCAUUUCGCCAGCACCGCGACUUCUUCGUUGACAAACACAACAACACAUUCCCGCUCGUUACUCUCUCCGCGAUAAGCAGAGGCCGGUGCAAGCAAGCACUAAAAGUAUAAUCCUCACAGAGGCGCAUUCGCACUCUUUUCGUUAUCAAAAAAACUCAACGCCUCAACAGUCGUUCCUACAACGCGUAAUCAUCAAUGGCGAGUAUGAAAGGUUAUGACUUCGAGCGUGUCGGAGAGGGCGGCGAGCACAUCGCCGCCACCCGCUCCCGCAAGAAGGGCCUCCUCCUCGUGGUCAAGAAGCUCUUCUACGCAGGCGCCCUCCUCCUCGGCCUCGUUGCCUUUGUCAUCGGCACUGCCGUCUUUGCCGCCCACUGCAAGCGAAACGUGAAUCCCGACGCGGAGCUCAUCCACGCCGAGCACAUCGUCUCUGAGGCCGCCCACGAGCUCGUCGUCCGCGGCGAGGGCAGCAGCACCGAGUCCGGCGUCCUGUUUGACUCCCACGGUAAUGUCAUUUCCACCAAGUUUGCCGCUUCCUCCGGUCUCGGCACUGCCGUCGCCUCGACCGCGUGGCCCAACGGUACCGCUGGCACCACCGGUUACGGCUCCUCGUCGUCCGUUGCCGCCGCCACUACCUCUGUCCAGAGCGAGACGGAGGCGCCCGUUGGCGUCAGCGUCCCAGUCUCGACCCAGACGGCCGUCUCGACCAUCUACAGCAUUCGUACGACCAAGAAGACGACAACCAUCCUCGCCGGCACCACCAACCUGACCACGUACGUGACCGUCUCUCCGGACUCGGCUGAGCCGACUGGCUGCUCCGCAGGCCAUGCCACCACCACCAUGACCCUCUUCGUCACCGUCUCGCCCAUCGAGGAGACGGCGUACAGCAGCAGCAGCAGCAGCACCGACGCGUCAUACACAAACGGCCUCCCGGACGUUACCCUCACGCACACCUACACCGCCCUGCUCACCCAGGCGUCCCUCACCAACGGGCUUCCCGGCGUGACCGUGACGGGCGAGCCCCAGACGGAGACGAACGCGCAGACCCUCGUCUCGUACACGAGCGGCCUGCCCGACGCCACCGUCUCAGGAGACGCCUCGACCGUCACCGACGUCAAGACCGGCACGUCGUCGUCGUCGUCUCCCUCUGCCCCGGGCUCCGAGACCAUUACCGUCACCAUCACGGACCUCUGGGGCACCGGCUCCCCCUCGACCGGCAGCGCGCCGCCGCCGCCGCCCCUGACCGUCGUGACGGGAACGUUCACCACCCGAAAGACGGUGACCAAGACCGCCACCGUGACGCAAAGGUCUAGCUUGGACAUCAUCACCGUCACCAUCACGGACCUGUACGGCAGACCGACGCAGACGGCCAGCGCCGCGGGCUCGAGCUCGAGCUCGACGAGCACCGGCGUGAGCGCCUACUCCUCCAUGCUGGGGGCGAUCGGCACCGCGUCCACGUCGUCAGCGUCGCUUCCCGUGCCGCCUGCCACCACCGUCGUCGUGACCCAGACCGUCACCGAGACCGAGACUGACGGCGCCGCCGUCACAACCUCUUCCACCUCCCCUUCGUCCUCUACUACUGCUACCCUCGUCACUGUCCGCGUGCCGGGCACCGGCAACGCCACCGUCAGUAGCACCGCCAGCGUGGGCUUCCCGACCUUCACCCCACCCGUCGUCGUCUCCGAAGGUGCGAGGAAGCCGAACCCCCAAGCCUGGGGUAACUCCAAGGGCUCCGGAUGGAUGAGCUGCACCGUCAUGCUCGUCGCCGUCGCCAUGUGCCUCCUUUGAGCACGUGCACGUACCGGAGGGAGAAACGUUUUCGUUUCCUUCCCCCUUUCCCGCUCGAGUUUGGCGACCAGCUGCUAUUUGCUGCAGUCGCCGAUGGAUGGGCCAAGGAUGGGAAAAAGCGUGGGUUUCUGACAAGGCGGCCUUUACGCCUGCCUGGGUUUACUAGUUUCCCCCUUCCACUCCCCCUUUUACUUCCUUCUUCUCUCUAAUCAGAACCCCGGGGCCUUUUGUGUGGAAUUUCUUUUCUUUUCUUCAUGAUGCACUCGCUUGGGUCUUUCGUAAUAAUGCUUCGGUAGAAAAUGACGGAGAGUAUGGAAGACGGGAUGGAUAUGGGGAGAGAGAGAGAGAGAGGCUUUCAAAGAGGGACGCACUUGACCUUUCUCUCUUAGAAAGCCGUGAUCAGAAGAAACAACAAGUCUAUUUGACAUUGUUCGCAUUGUGAAAA